AUGCUGAUUUUCCUUACUACCAGUGUCCCGUGUCUCUUUUUAAUACUGAUUUCAUUCUGCCAGUGUCUCUUUCUUUUUGUCACUGAUUUUCCUUUACCAGUCUGUCUCUUUUUAAUACUGAUUUUCAUACUACCAGUGUCUGUCUCUUUUUUACUGCGAUUUUCAUUCAUACUACCAGUGUCACAAUCUCUUUUUUACCACGAAUUCAUUACCAGUUUUUCAUACUACCAGUGUCACAAUCUCUUUUUUAAUAAAUUUUCAUACUACCAGUGUCUGCAAUCUCUUUUAACUGAUUUUCAUUCUACCAGUGUCACAAUCUCUUUUUAUGCUGAUUUUUCAUACUACCAGUGUGUCUGUCUCUUUUAUGCUGAUUUUCAUACUACCAUUCUGUCUCUUUUUAAUACUGAUUUUUAUACUACCAGUGUCACAAUCUCUUUUUAUCCCCAUUUUCCUCCUACUACCAGUGUCACAAUCUCUUUUUAUGAUUUUUCCUUUUCAUUCAUACCAGUGUCACAAUCUCUUUUUAUACAAUUUUCCUUUACCAGUGUCUGUCUCUUUUUAUACACCAAUUUUUUCAUUCUACCACCAGUGUCACAAUCUCUUUUUAAUACUGAUUUUCAUACCAGUGUCUCUCUUUUUGUGCAAUUUUCAUAUACCCAGUGUUUCUCUUUUUUGUGCAGUUUUCCUUACAAUGUCUUCUCUUUUUGA